UCUUUAGUUUUACGACACGAUAUAAACUCAUCUACGUGGUUCAAGAUUCACGCGAUAACCUAGAAUUGCCUAAAAUAAAGUAAUAUUUCAUAGCAAAAACGCUGCAUGUUGACGUGAUCGAUAAUAUAAAGUCAUAAAUAUAUAAAAAAAAGAAUACAUUUGAAAGAUGACUCAGUUGGAAUUGGAUCCACAAUUUACGCAGGGGCUACGCCUUUUGCACUCCACUAAUAAGGAUUCUGCGGAACAGCUGCGAGCUCUAUUAGAUGAGGCGAUUAAACAAAAGUAUGGGCCAUCCAAAAUGCUAUCCAAUGUGCUACAUAAAAAGUAUAUGAUGGAAGAACCAGUAUUGAGUGAUCACAGUAGCAGUAGCAGUAAGAAAAGCAAAAGCUCCAGCUCAUCUAAGCAUUCUAGCAAAUCGAGCAAGAAUAGCUCCCCUGUUAAUCUGCCAGCACGCGACACACCACCGGACAUCCUGCAGACGGACGAUACUCUGGCACUGGAAAUUCUAGAAGACGAUCUGACAUGUGUAAUUUGUAAAGGGAUGGACGUUGGAGCAAGAAAUAGGCUUGUGGAGUGUCAAGAGUGUCAUUCUUUAUAUCAUCAGGAAUGCCACGUUCCACAUAUCCUGGAUUCGCAGAUAGAUGUACCGAAACAAGUAUGGUACUGCUCUAACUGUUCAAAGUCUCAGGUUUUGAAAGACAGAAGCUCGCCAAAAACUGUGAUAGAAAGCAAAUCCAAAGAACAAAAAAAACCAAGCUCAAGCACUGGAACUAAGGUGACACCAAAUAUUCAUAUUAUAAGCGCAGAUAAAAGAUUGAAAGACAUGAUGAAGAAAGCCAAGCAAGAUAAACGAAAUACAGGUACUGCCACAAGUUCAAAGAACUCUUCAUCCAGUACAUCUGCAUUAUCCUCGGUUAAGUCUUCUCAGGAUAAAUCAUUAUUAUACAAGAUAAAGUCAGGGAUAGAAUAAAUUGCGUAAGUUAUGAAAAAAGUCACUAAACAAACAAGAACGAAUUAUAUAUAUAAAUAUUGUAUGCUGUAAAAAUAAUUCGCAACUUUUAUUGAAAUUAUUUUAUAAUUGAUCUUAUUAACCUCUGUGUGAAGGAGAAAGGGAGGGACAAUUUUUAUUAUUACUUUUUAUGAAUAUAUAUUUUCGUACGACGAGAGAGAAUAAGAAAAAGAGAGAGAUUAUAAGAAUCGCGGCCCCUUAAGACAAAGACACAAAGUUUUAAAUAGACGAUACAUCACUAGUGCGUAUUUAUAUUGAAGUUUAAUCUCGAAUUACAUUCAAUCGAUAUUAGUACAAUUGGGCCUUUGUGUAGUGUCUGAAUUUCUUACUGCCUAUAAAUACAAUUCCAUAUUAUACAAUUUAUUAAUAAUUGUACAAACGUGCCAUGUAAAUUUGUUAUCUUUAUAAGCUUUCGCAUUAUUAUUACAAAAAUAUUAAGUAUGUAGAAAAUAAUGACAUAAUAUUACUAUAGCUAAUAAUUAUUACACACGUAAAUAUCGUUUGUAAUACACAAGUCUGCGUUGAUAGUUUUAAAAUGUAAAUAUACAAUAGAUUAUUUUUUAAUACCUUUUUAUUGAUAUAUUUAUAAAAGGAAAGCGAUAAAAUUAUACAAACUUCACAUAUCUCAAGAUUGCAUAUUAAUUGUACUGUUAUAUAUAUGUAUAGCAUAUACAAUUUCGUGUGACCGAAAUCAACUCUUCGCGUACCAAGUACGCUGAUUUAUAUACUUGUAUCGCGUAAAACGCGAUGCAACAUCGACGCUGAAAUUGUCAAUGUUUAUUAAAAUGCACAGUGGAAAACUAUGACGCGCGCCAAAUAUAUAUAUAUAUACGUUUUACUGUAUACAAGAUAUACAUGUAAAUUCCACAUGUACUCCACGAAUGCGUGGAGAAUUAGAGUCGCGGACUAAUGUAAGAAUUCGAAAUUAAUAUAACACGACUUACGUAAUACACGCGACUUCGAAUGGCAUGUGUAUUUCUGAAAAGUUCACGUGUAUUUAUAGUAACAAUAUUUAGAUCUUAGCGCACCACAGAGAGCUGUGAUAAUUUUACACGGGCUAAGUGUAUAUCGCGCGUCCGUUCGAUUACAAUAAAUCUUUAUCGACGAAACCAAAGAGAGAUUUUGAGUACUCGUUUGUAAAAAAAAGAGGGGCUGCAAAAAUCAUUGUCAUUUCCACAGGCAAAUUGUGACAAACUGUAAUGAUUCGAAGUAGAAACGAAUCCACUUGAAAUGCUUGCGGCUUUUCCUUCCUACGUUAACGAUUAUCAAGACGACACGUGGUCCAUCGUGUCUUAAUCGUAAGGCUAAUAAUUAAAAAGUCUGUACAGCUGAGAGAUUGCGGGUGGGCGAAAUAACGAAGAGAUAAUACGAUACGAAUCGUUUAUAAUACCAAUAUAUUUUUUUGCGAUUUUUUUUUUUUUUAAAUGCAAUUAGUCGUUUUGUCCCUACGUCCCAUUGAAAAUUUGGCAAGAAUCAUUUCGUUUUCUCGAGUGUCGCUUAAAGUCUACUCGUGCGCGGAUUGGGGGAGGGAGGGGAGAAAUUGGGCUGAAAUACUAUGUACAAUGGAGAGGGGAAGAGAGUUACUCGCGAAGGGUUGCAAUUGCACGUACACAUACAUACACGCAUACACACACAAAUGGAUACAGA